UAAUAAUAAUAAUAAUAAUAAUAAUAAUAAUAAUAAUAAAAAGCGGAGGCGUCGAGAGCAGCUUUGUAUUCGUCUCUGGAAAACAAAAGAAUUCAUAUCAAUUUGAUAUUUUUCAAGCUGACAAGUAAUGAGUAUAAUCACGCAUGAUGUGACAACGGUAAUAUUGAAACUCACCUCAGUACUUGAGAAAAAAAAAAAAAAAUAUUACGUUUCAUGUUUUUAAGAGAGAGCUAUCUCGUUUUGAAAUGUUAAUCAAAGAUUACAGAAGACCAAGACCAGCAGAGGAGCUGAAGUAAAGACGUGCGGUGAUACAGAUGUCUGGCACUACGUGUGGUGCCGGGCCGGUCUGGAGAGGGCGGAGCAUCAGCUCUCCCGGCUACCAGCUGGUUGUCCGAGUUGCCACACUCAGUUGUUGCCGACCCUCGCGAUCCAACAGUAGCGGUACAGCAGGCUCCCGCCGCCACCCGGCCCACUGCUUGAGACACGCGCGUCCUCUUCGCAAACCACGUUAAUAAAAAAAAAUAAAUAAAUAAAAAUAAAUAAAAGAAUAAAAAAAGGAAAAAAAAAAUCUCAGUGCUUUUAGUAUCACGGAUGAGCAACGUAUCAAUUCAUGACUAGCAUGUCGAGUGUCAGUGAUUUAUGAAUUAAAACACAAAACUUGAGACAACAGUGUGUGAGGCAGUGAGGCGGGGCUCGGCCACCUGUGAGGGAGGCGGAGUGGCCCUCCUUCCCUCGCUGCCUCCUUUGGCACUCACCUGCAUCAAAGAAACAUGAGGAUUCCAAGUAUAAUUACGAUAUUUUUGCGAUCUCCAAGAACAUACGAGGUUCCUGAAAUAUAUUUGAUGCAUAAUGACCAUUAACAUAAAAACAAAAACAAUUUACUUCAAUAAAAGGAAAAACAAUUUCAAGUUAUGAAAUAAAAUUCCAGAAACCAUGUAAUGAAUAGGAAAAAAAAACAAUGUUGACUGACUCUUAAUUAAACUGUGAGGACUGCAGCCUCGAGUCACCGGCCAGUAGUUUAGUGCUCCUUCUCACCAAGGUUAAGAGAACACUGUCCAAGUCUCCCGGGAGGACAGCAGCCUGCAGGAAAGGGAGUGGACAAUCCAAGGGACAGCCAUCGUGCCGCUGAGGUCUGGUCGUGGAGCUGCGACGGCCCCUCUGAAUGUGGAUUCUUGUGAGAUACACGCGGCUGGGUUUGGCCGCAGAAAAUAUACAUGAUGACGACUCGAAAUGGAUGAAUACAUUGCUGGCCUCAUCACCCUGAUCAUCUCUCCGACUCACCUUUGAUCAGGACCACGAACUUUUUUUGGUAAACACAAUUUCUUCCAUUAGCACUUAUUACUCUUUUUGAAAAUGAAGCUAAAAAAGAGAAUCAUAUUAGCGGCGGUGACGAGCACGGUGCUGGUGACAGUAGUGCUGUUGCUCGACGUGGAGAACCGCCUAUCAUACCCUGGUAACUUCAACGUGCAGGCUGAAGUGCCAGUCAAAUACUCCUUCCGCCAACGUCACUUGCAGCGGAUGAGUAAUGGAUCUCGAGAUGCGUCUCUUGCGGUCUCUGCCUCGGGACAGUUAAGCGCCGCGAGUGACGAUCCUGCUCACCCAUCCCCUGCAGGUGGCGAGGCUGUGCUGGGCGAGGAUCCAAGUGUCAGUAAGGAUCCGCAGGCCAUUGGUACAGAGCCUCCAGACCCUUACCUCGACCUCCAGGAGAUUGUGGCGAAAGUGAAGAAGCUCAGCAAGAGAAGUGGUCGUGCUAAAUACCACUGGAACCCUACCGUGGGGGAACUGCUGGGGAGGGACUCAAGAGAAAAUGCAACACUUUGGGACAACUUUCACCUCAGCAUAUCUCAAGAUGAGCUGUACGGCGCUCGAGACCCAACCGUCAACAGGCUGCUGCAGUACAUGACAACCCUCCCCAUCUCCCACAUCAGUCAGAAGGAGGGCGGCACGCAGAUCAAGCUGACUAUAGAGUUCAUUGACGGGGGACGGGCUCUCUUCAAGCCCAUGAGGCACCCUCGAGAGCAGCAGACCCUCAAGAACCAAUUCUACUUCACUGACUUCGAGCGACACAACGCCGAGAUUGCCGCCUUCCACCUCGACAGGUUGCUUGGGUUCCGCCGCGCCGUGCCCACUAUGGGUCGCACCGUCAACAUCACAAGAGAACUGUAUAUGCUAGCCAAGGGCGACCUGCUCAAGACCUUCUUCUUCUCGCCGGAGAAGAACCAUUGUUUCCAUGGCAAGUGCAGCUACUUCUGCGAUACUGCCCACGCUAUCUGCGGCAGCCCCGACAUGUUGGAGGGCUCCUUUGCAGUAUUCCUGCCUGGAGACACUGAGGUGCCGAGGGUACGAUGGCGUCACCCGUGGAGGCGGAGCUACAGCAGGCGACGCAAGGCACAGUGGGAGGAAGAUAACGAGUACUGCAAGUCUGUGAAGGAGACGCACCCAUACAGUGAAGGCCGCCGCCUGCUGGACAUCGUGGACAUGUCUAUACUGGACUUCCUGAUGGGCAACAUGGACCGUCAUCACUACGAAACCAUCAAAAUGUUUGGAAACAACUCCGCACCGCUACAUCUGGACCACGGACGGGGCUUCGGCAAGGCUUUCCACGACGAGGUGUCCAUUCUGGCGCCGCUGUACCAAUGCUGCGUCCUCCGGCACUCCACUCUCGCCUCCCUCCUCAGGUUCCACACGGGGCCCGAGCGAUUGAGCUCCGCCAUGCUGACUUCAAUGGCCUCCGACCCUCUCCAGCCCGUGCUGUGGCCGCCCCACCUCGCCGCCCUGGACCGCCGCCUUAACAUCGUCCUGCAGGUGACGCGGAGGUGCCUCGAGGGUGCCGAGGAUCCCUACCGCGUCAUAAUAGAAGACUUUCAUUGAAUGCGAUACACUGACAAACACUCGCGAACUUGGAUAAUAAUAAUGAAAAAAAUCUGCUAAGUCUGCUUCUGCUUUCUAUAAAAUCCGUAUCACAGUGUAGUCUAUGUACCUCACGAAGAUCAAGCGCACGAUGCGGAUAAGGCAGACGUGAUUUCAAUUAUUCGAAUCUGAAUGAGACUGAGUAAAUCGAUGAGACAGCGAGUGGGCAGAACACAUCGCACCCAUGUGAACGCAAUUUGUCCGCAGGUCAACGUGUGAUACUACGAUGUAAAUCUUGAUGCUGAGGAUUCUUUAACCGUACAAAAUUCUUAGAUUGCUUGUUAAAGAAGAAAAAAACUAUGUGAACUGGAAAGCAUGAAAUCCAAACAUAUGAGUGCCGCUUCAUGUCAUACACACCGUAAUCAUGACAGUCAAGGGCCAGGACGUGGAGUGGACUAACUCCGUGAUGAUGCGUAAUGGAAGAAAAUAUACUAAUGGAAAAAGAACCGUUACAUCCAACCACUGGACUGAUUCUUGGGACUGUAUUCACUAGUGUGCUGACAACAGAUAAGUGAGCAAAUAAAUAAAUAAACAAAAUAAUAAAAUGAAUAGAAUACCAUAAAAGUGUAAACAUACACACGUGUGUGUGUGUGUGUGUGUGUGUGUGUGUGUGUGUGUGUGUGUGUGUGUGUGUGUGUGUGUGUGUGUGUGUGUGUGUGUGUGUGUGUGUGUGUGUGUGAUGUGCGCGUGUGUAAUGGUAAAAAAAAUAAAGGAGUCCGCCUAAUAAGGAAAGUGUUAACUAUUAUGGUGAAUGGCGCGGCGACACUCAGAAUCCGAAUGAAGAUAUUUAGUUUCAAAAUUGCUGCUUCAGUAAAUGUGCUGAUAUUUGAACUAAUGCCUCCCUGCCCUCUCCCCUACACAGAAUCGUAAACGAAUGCUUAUCAAGUAAGAUCUUAAGGAAUAAAAUUUUGUUGGUUAUUAAUCUUGGCGAGGAUUCUAAGCAGUGUGUUCUCUAUCUUAAAGUAAUAAAGAAAUAUUAUUUAAAAUAUUUCCCUCUGAACCAAGAUGAAAUUAACUUAUUUGGGAAUUCAUUUGUCAAGUAUUGCAAUUGUUAGAUUCUCGUUGCCUUCAAAGAAAUUAUGAUGAAGGGUUCAAGGGAUAUCAGUCACAAAAUGGAAGACAGCGCCAGACUCUCUUCGCUGCUUACAGUACCCAUCAAGCUAGUCACUCUUUGGGCUUGUUGCGGGAACACAUAAAAGACAAGUAGUGUUUUGCUGACGUUACUCGUGUAUGGCAGACGGAGAAAACUUGAAAGUACUGACAUCAGUGACUGUUAUGCAAAUUUUGGAUUCAGAGAAUAUAUAACAAUGUAAAUUAUGCAUCCUUAAUGGCAUCGCUGAAACAAAACUACACCAAUGAUUAGUUCUUGUAAAAGAUGAACCUUAACACCGAUAAUUAAGUGCAUCAUGAAAAUAAGAGAAAUGCAGAUCGAAAAAUACAUACAUGCCGUUGAAUGAUGGAUGACCCAACUGUGCAUGAUGAACUUUUUUUUUUUUUUAAGUAUCACGUCCACAGGCCAUUGUCUCUGGAUAGUCUUCUGGCAAAUUUACAAGUUGGAGAGAUGCCUCUACAGGGUCCCAUUACCCAAUAGUAAUCUCAAUGUAAAUAAUGACAUACCAGCUAAAAAUACAAUUGUUUAGGAAAGCAAGAAAAUUAUGGUAAUUCUGAAUUAGAGAUUUGUAUUAGAGAAAAAAAUGCCUUCAUAUUAUUUGGUUAAUGAGAUGUCACCCAUAUUUGUGUGUUAGGAGGCACAGUGUGGGCGCUUCGUGAGGCUUUGUGUCGGGAAUGCAGGGAACUGGAGCUUUGCCUGGUUGUAUUUCUUGGAAAGAUGUGUGUAAAUAUUGUGGAUCCUGUAUCUCAACACUGAUCAAUACCGUGCUCUACACACACACACACACACACACACACACACACACACACACACACACACACACACACACACACACACACACACACAGACACACACACCUUAUUUUUGGAAAACGUUCGAGACAUUUGUUUACUUACGCUUUUAUUUGGUGUAUUUAAUAUGUGUGUGUUCAUCCUCAAUACAGGCUGUGCAUUUUUUGUAUACACUGUGACCCUUUCUUGUAAAGUAAGAAAGUCAAAGCAACAAUGUGUAACUUAUAAAGCUUAAAAAAAAAGCUACGCCGCGCACACGUGUCAGUGAUGAAUGGACAGAGUGCGGCACGACAGGUCGGCAAUGACAUGACGCCCGCUGGCUGACGCGAGACACAGGCUUUCAAUGUGCAGUACAUGUUGGAAGUGCGGCGACGUAUGACAUUCUUCAGAUACACUUCCUUUAUUGCCUCCAUUAUCGCAUACAGAGGACGUCCAUUGAGGAGCAGCGGGUUGAGCCAAGCCAGGUACGAGGAGGACAGGCUGCCGCUGCUUGUACUGAGGUGGCGGCGCGCCCCAGGGCGGUGAGGAAAGCGGCUCCUUGGUGGCGUCUUGGCUAUCUCGAGUGUUUAAAGUCGACAUUCAUCUGUGUUUUAGUGGCUUUUGGCGGCCUCUAGAGCAGCAACGCGGGUUCGAGGGCCCCUUCCCUCAGCGCCCACCUAACCUCCACCUGUGUCAGUCUUCCACGAGGCAAGGGUGCCACGGUGCUGCCCUACCGCGGCGCACACACACGCGCGCCGCCACCAUCCUGUAGCUCUCUCCCACUACUAUUCGGUGUUUGUAUAUAAAUGGCCACAUUAAAAUAUUCAGGUGAAAUUUGUAUGAUGUUUACUUGAAUUUAUGAAGGCAUAUUA